UGAGCUUCAGCCUCUAGGCGACCAGCUUUCUGGAUCCGCCCCUAUAUCUGACCGACGUGCGACGGCAGGAAAGUGAAUGUAUGGAGUUGUGGCGGAGAAUUUGGAGCCCUAGAGGUUUGGAGUUUGGACUCUAAUCAACUUGUAGAUGACUGAGCGGGCGGAGCGGCGGGGGAAUUUUCGGCAUCUGGGAAGACUGAUUGUUUGUAACUGGAAACAGGAGUUGAGGGUUCUGGAAUACUACUAAACCUAUAGAACGAUGUCGUUUCGGUUAAAAUAUUGAGAUUUCCAGGUGUUUACACGGUCCCUUCUUCGUAGCCUAUAUUCACUAAAAGAAUUGUCAUGAGGUUUGCCUCAAUCUUUACCCAUGUAUCAGCCUCAAAGAACCCCAGUUUUCGAAUUAGCAACUCCUUUCUCUUCUCCACAUCUUCAUGUUCACCAUUGUCUGCUUCACAGCAAUUUGUGACCCAUUUGCAGAAAAACAGGCAGAACAUAGAGAAAACCCUCAACUCAGUCAAAGCCAAAUUGGAUGCACCUUGUGUGACCCAAGUUCUUGAAAGGUUCUCAGUUGAGAACCCUCAAACGGGCCUGAGGUUCUUCAUAUGGGCUGGGCUUCAUCCAUCAUAUAGACACUCUAGGCACAUGUAUAUCAAAGCUUGUAAUAUGCUGAAGAUUGACAAAAACCCUAAAGUAAUCACAGAUGUGUUUGAGGCUUACAGGGAUGAAGAUGGAUGCGGAGUCAGCGUGCAAAUGUUUAGGGUCGUAUUUAAUUUGUGCAGAGAGGCUAAAGAUGCAGACUUGGGAUUGAUGGUGUUGAGAAAAAUGAAGGAAUUCAAUUGCAGGGCAGACGUGAUAUGUUAUAAUGGAGUGAUAAGGUUGUUGUGCGAAAAGGGGGAUAUAGAUGAGGCGAUGGGGUUGAUGAGAGAGAUGGGGCUCAUUGAUCUUUAUCCUGAUAUGGCCACUUACACAAUGAUAAUCAAUAGGUUGAGUGAUGUGGGCAGGUUGGAAGAGGCCUGCAAGAUGGUUAAGACGAUGAAGGGGCAAGGCUGCUUUCCAGGAACAACGGUGUAUUCUUCCCUUCUUGAUGGGAUUUCAAGAUUUGGGGGCUUGGAGAGGGCAAUGGAGUUGUUGGACGAAAUGGAGAAAGAAAGCAGCGAUUGCAGACCAAAUGUUGUCACCUACACAACUCUGAUUCAAGCGUUUGUUGAAAAAGGGUGUACAUAUGAGGGAAUGGCUAUCCUGGAUAAGAUGGAGAGUUUUGGAUGUAAACCAAACAGAGUGUUAAUGGCUACUCUGGUUCAGGGACUAUGCAGGGAUGGUGAUAUCAACGAGGCCCAUAAAAUAGUGGAUCGGAUUGGUGGGAAUGGUGGUGGUAUUUCAAAUGAUGAGUGUCACAGUUGUUUGGUGAUUUCGUUGUUUCGGGUGGGAAGGUUCAAGGAGGCGGAGGCUGUUUUUAGUAGGAUGCUGGCUUCUGGUUUGAAGCCUGACACAAUCUCGUAUCAGACAAUGAUGAAACGGCUGUGUUCUGAAAGAAGGAAGGAGCUUGAUGGAUAUAUGGCUUGAAUAUUGAAUAUUGAUCUUUCUACUGCUGAAUUAUGAUGAUUUGAUGAAACUAGGUGGUGAACUUGGAAAGCCAUCAAAGAGGUAGCUGCAUGGAGCACUUGCACCGUUGAUUGAGGAGGAUGAAGCAUGCUACCCGUCAGUAUGGCAAAAGGUAAGAGCUCGUGAAGAGAUGUUCAGCUCUUUGCUUUUUGGAAUCUCCCAAGCUGCUACUGCUCGUAGUGUUCAACUACUCUGUUGUGUUUUGUUAAUUCGGUUUAAACCUCUUGUGCUUGCUACAUGUGUCAGGGUAUGCUAUUACUCCCUCCGUCCCUGAAAGAAGUUCCCCAUUUGACUUUCACACACUUACCAGGAGUAAAUUUUACUGUUUUGACACUGUUUCGACACUGUUUGGCACUGUUUUGAUGUAGAUAACUUUCUAUUUAAGGAAAUGGGAACUUAAAUUAGGGACAUCCAAAUAAGAAAGUGAGAACUUCUUUCGGGGACGGAGGGAGUAUUUAAUUGGAGCUGCCUUCAGUAGUAAUUGCACAUCUAUAGUAAAACUUUUACUCUCUCCUCACCUAGAGACCAACCCUUGGAGCAGCAGCCAGGAGGCCAUGUUUAAGAGAGUCAAGUCAAGAUGUCAGAUAAUUAAAUUUGGCUGGAAAAGGGAUUAUUCUCCUGUGGAAACUUUCAUUUUGGACUUACCUGCAAGUGCUCAGGAAAGGAGCAGCUACGAUGAAGAGGUAACAUGAUAGUUGAUGGGUGACAAAAAUAUGAACUUGUUUUGAAUUUAUAACCCCCCAUACUUUAGGGGUUUUAGAAUAGUGCGAUAUUCGAACUCCCAAAAGUACUUGUGACAUAUGUUUUCCUCUCCUUUGUUAAAUUCUUAAUUUUAUAUUGUGAUCCUCCUGAGCUUUCUGGGAAUAUACACAUUUUAAUUUAAGUACGUGGAAAGGGUAAACGGAAAGCUUGAGUCCUU